AUGUCUCGUGUGUGUCUCCCAGGUGGUGUCCAGUUCCGUGAGGUGACCUCCGACCUCUCGGCCUUCACCAUCGACAGGUUGCAGCCGGACGAGUACGUGCUGAUAGGCGUCGCCGUGGUGAUCGACGGAAGCGCGGGCGAGUCGGUCACUCUGAGCAGCCGGACGCACGGUUACGGCAUCACCGGGCUCCGCAUCCUCGACGUCAACGCCAGGAGCAUCGGCAUCGCCUGGGACGCCCUUCCCACGGCAACGGGAUACAAAAUCAGCUGGCGUCAUAGCAACGGUGCGGAAUCCUCCAGGACCGUGGCGUCUACUGUGACCUCCUACACAAUCGAGGGGCUGGAAGAGAAUGCUUCCUACCGCAUCGCCGUCUCAGCCCUGAUUGGCUCAAACGAGGGGACACCAGCCACUGUCCUCACCAGGACAGUGCUGAGUGGUGUGGUCGGCACGGUAACAGACCUGAAGGUGCUGGCGCCACAGGACGAGGCGGUAAAGGUCACAUGGGUCGGAGUUCAAGGGGCGACAUCCUACCGCAUCGUCUGGAAGAAAACUGACGACGGCGAGGAGCAGAGCAGGCUGGUGGGGCCGGGGGUGACCUCAGUGGACCUGGCGCAGCUGGAGAGGGGGGCCCAGUACGAGGUGCAGGUCAUGGCGCUGGUCCAGAACCAGGAGGGCUCGCCAGUCUCCGUCCGGGUCACCACACCUGGUGUAGUGGACCGUGUGGAGGGGCUGCGUGUGCUGGAGGCCAGGCAAGGAACCCUGCGGCUCACCUGGAGGGCAGUGGCAGGGGCGACUGGAUACAAGCUGUACUGGAGCACAGCAGGAGAGGGAGAGAGAAGCCAGCUGAUCCGGAGGGAUGUGACCUCAUACGACCUGGAAGGACUUCGUCCUGGCCAGAACUACAUCAUUCGAUUCGCUGCGCUGUUCCAAGACAGAGAGAGCGAGGCGGUCACCAUCAGGGCCAGCACAAACUCAGGAGAGGGCCAGUCGCAGGUGUUGAACGGGUCGGCGAACUCAUUCCGCGUGUCUGGACUGAGGCUGGGCCGGCGCUACGUGUUCUCCCUGCAGCCCACCUACCAGAACCGGGUGGGACAGGUGGCCACUGUAGAGGAACGCACAGUGUGUGUGGACGGCCGUCUGGAUGUGGUGUUCCUGGUCCCUGCGUCCAGAGACCGCUCUCGUCUGAAGGACCCGAUCAUCUCACUACUGACCAGCGCCGCAGGAACACUCACCACCAUCGGCCCCAGAGACUCUCAGAUGGGCGUCUUAGUGUACAGCGAUGUUCCCAGAGUCCACUUCUUGCUCAAUCGUCAUAGCAACACUCAGACUUUACUCCAGGAAAUUCUGUCGACUCCUUUCACGGCUAACCCUGGGAAUGCUAUAGGUCAGGCGCUGACGUACGCCGAGCGCUACUUCAUGACUGUGGCGGCCGGAAGGAGGCGUGUCCCGGGAGUCGUGGUGCUCAUCGCCGACGGCAGAUCCACCGAUGAUGUCAUCAGGGCAGCCACAGAGCUCAGGGCCACAGGAGUGACAGUGCUGGCGGUGGGGAUUGGUCAGGCGGUCUCGGAGGAGCUGCGGCGGGUGGUCACUGACGGAAGCACCCAGAACCUGCUGGUUGUGUCGGACAUGGCCCAACUCUACCGGUACCACCCGGAACUGGCCGACCUACUGUGCGGCCUGGCCAGAGGGACGGGAGUAACGGUUCCUACUGGUCCAGAGGCCUGCACUGUUCAGUGUCCAGCGGGGGAGAAAGGAGAACAAGGACAGAAGGUAAAAGAACCUGGCUGUUUUUAA